AUGAGAGAACACAAGAGAGCUGCAAUCCCAUCAGGAGAUCUUAUUUCAUUGGGAAGCAAAUCAAAGAAAGUGUCUGUUUCACAUGGGAACCCUGUAAAAAAGGCUAAAACGCAGUCGGUAGAAGUUGAUCCGUCAGAAUUAGUGACUCGAGUGGAGGCAGCUUUGUCUACUAGUGACAAUAAUUUGGCAGAAUCUUUAAUAAUUGCAGCACUGAAUCAAAUAAAGAUUAGUUCUGGUCACGGAACUUUAGCUACUUCUUUAACAUCUGGUUCCGAUUUCCGUCCAGCUUCUAGUAGCUCGGGUUCACGGUUACUGGUUGGUGUUUCACUUGGCGUUUUGGUACUAGCACAGGAUCAUCCGAACCUAUUUACUCGUCCUGCUGUUUUGGAUCAGCUUAUCUCGAUUUUAUCUCUUAGUCCAAGAGAGCUUGGAAUAUCCUUACCAUCAACUGCUGUCACCACUAUCAUGGCACGAGUUCGUGGUCUUCAUGUUCUUAUCGCGAAUAUACUGUACUUGGCCUUAAGCACUCAAGCUAAAUGGCCUUCGAAACUAGUAAAGGUUUAUUUAGAAGACAGUUUGACCAACCGAGUUUGGGUUGACCAAGAUGAAUGCCGUUUAUUCGUGUUGAACUUAGAAACUGCAUUUCCAAAAACUUUCGGUGAUCCCCGAGGUUUAUUUACAGUACUGUCGUCCAAUCAAAAUGGAUCAGUAGGAGCUAGUCAAUCUGGUGGUAUCGGUAAUUCCUCAACUUCUGCAUCAUCAGCAAACGCAGUACUGAAUGUAUUAGGCUUCACGGGUAUUCAGCCGCCACUAGCGUCGAACCCCUCAGCAUCAGUUUCGCUCCAUUGUGAUAAAGAUGAAAUAAGUGAUGCAGUUUCAAGUGUCCUGAAAAACCAGUCGAAUACAGUUUCCAGAGUAAUUCACGGUCCUGAAAUAAAUACCCAUGUUUCACCUCGAUUUGAGACCUGUCGUCAAGCUGUAGAGGUUAUAAUUAUCAACACAUUAAGAGACGCUCUUGGUAGAAGAAGUGGAGCUACUCCGUCCACUUCUCAACCAAACACACCAAAUUCUAAUAAUGCACCAUCAUCCCUCAUGUCCUCUUCUCCAUCAGCUUCAGUCAGUGGUGGAGAUGCUACACAAUUGAAGAAUCUUCUCCGUACACUUGGAAUGGGAGCUGGUAUCGCUGAGAUCCGAGGGCUUGUUGCAACAAGGCUGGAACCAUGGCUAACAAACCCUAAAUUACAACUUUAUGGUCUGGGUUUGUUUGCAUUACUGGCCACUAACUGUCGUUUGGGUGGUUUGUCUCCACAUGAUUUGGAUUUCAUGAUUUCAAGCGUAUAUCGUAUUCGCUAUAAACUAUUAAAACCCAAUGUUCAAACUGCUUUUCUUGAAUGCAUCAGCCAUUUGGUCAAAGCAGCUCCUAUGAACCUUUAUUGUAUGGUAAAUUUAAGCUCAGCAGCUUCAGAAUUACGUUUUAUAUCAAAUGCCAGUGAAUCUAGUCAGAUAAAUCAAAGUAUAACUUCUGUUGUCAUGAAAGUUGCCGAAACUGUUCAAGCUCUUAGUACAGAAGGUGGUGGCAGCAGCAGCAGCUUAAACUCCGGUCUUAUGUGUCAGCAUAAUAGUAUGAAUUCUGCAGGUAUUGCAGCAGUCGCUGCCAAUGCAUCCAGUGCGUCGAGCAGAGGUACUAGUUCAGCUGGUGUAUUAUUACCUUUCCUUUAUCAACGAUUUGGAUCACAUUGGAUUCGUAUUAUUGGAGAUCUACUUAAUGAGCGGUUGAUAUUAACUUCCUUGGCUACUGCUACCCAAGCAUCUCACAAUGCGUUAACUGAAUCACAAUGGUAUGAUGAUUUAAAUACUCGACUAUCGCCAAUUUAUCAAUUUCUGCGUGAAUUGGCACGUUUUACCCGUAGUGAAGGUGAUCGAUCUGUUGCUAGUUCUCCCAUAACGUCUCAAAUUUCUUUGCUUCAAUUACAGCAAAAUUAUUUACCAUGUGCAGAGCUUGCUUUCGCACUACUACAAGAUCGUUCAUUUCGUGGUGCAACUAGCGCUUCAACAGCUGUGAAUGCUGUAGUAGCGUCACUCACCCAACAAAAGAAUCAUUCACAAGGAAAGUCUACUCCAGAAAAUGCAAAAAUUGAUAUCAUCGCCUUUCAGUGCUAUUUACACGGUUUAAUAGGCUUAGUUUGUGCCUUACAAAUGUUAUCAGCGAACAGACCAUUUCUUAGUAAUACACCUACUACUUCUAGGCGUACAAGUUCUUAUGCAGAAGCUACUAAAACCCAUCAUUUAACCAUACGUCAAAUCCGCUUGGCAUUCGUAAGAUGGACGAAAUCAUUAUUACCAAUGUUUAUUACCGCAGCUAGUCAAAGCUGUUCAAUUCCUUUUGAAAAAUGUAUUGAGAUCAUAAAACCUGUCAGUCUUAUUCGCCGAGCAUUCAUUUUAGAUUCAGUAACUCCACUAAAUGAAUUUCAAUCGGAAAACUACUAUCAGCUUUCUUCCUCCUAUCCCGUUCAGGAUAUAUGGGCUGAUCAGGAUCAUAAUUUCUUAACUCGGCUGAUCUGUGAUACAGGAGUGUCUGAGAAACUACUCAAUCAGCUAUUGAUUUUGGGCCUGGAUUCGUCUUGGCAAUGUUUUAGUGCUGUCGAUGCAGGAGAUAUAGUAUGUAAUCUGAUAUGGCGUGGUGCCAUGUUAUCUUCUGACUCAGGGUUAGAGGGACUAACUAUUACUCGACCAGAACAGUUACUCGAUCUCUUGUUUGCUAGUUGUACUUACCUAUCGGAUCAGCAAAUCCCAGCUGAAAUGAGUGAAUUAGCUUAUGCAAAUCUUUAUUGGAAAGUCACAUUGACUUGUUUGGUAUUAGCUGCUUAUUGUCCAUGUACUUGUGGUUCAUAUCUUUGGUCGAAUUACCCUACUGUCAAACGCUUAAUGGAGAUUGUGAUCAGCAGUGAUUUUGAUAAUGAUUCAACGCAAAAUUCUAUUGGAUAUGAUCGUACUGUUGAAGUGACCGAAAAAUUGAAUUAUGAAAUAGAAGUUCAAUUGAUUCUUCGUUUAGAAUCAUUUUUACUUGCAAAUGAAAAUAAGACUGAGUCUGCAGCCGGUGAAAAUCAUCUAUUCACACCUGACUGCGAAAUUGUAGUCACUCCUGAAACAUCAAAACUCAUUGAUAAAUUGGUACGCAAUAAUCCUCGUGGACCAUAUCGUCGUUUACCAGAAAAAGAAUUUCGUUACCUCCGCUUUUUAUGUGGACGUCUACACCUGGAACGUCGCUUAUGGAGUAGUCGCAAUCCUGACUUUCUCCUUGACUUACUACAUAGUCAAACUAACAAUGUAGUUGCUCAACCAUGGCUUAUGCGUUUAGUGGAGUCGAUUGGACAAGAUUUGGAUGUUCUACCUGUUCAAUGUUUAUGUGAAUACCUAUUAUAUGAUGCUAUAGCACAUGUGCAAACCUACAAAACUGAUUGGUCUUAUUUAUCGAAAUCUGUUAUGCAAUCUGCGAAUGUAGAUAUCUUCAACAGUCUAGCAACACAUAAACCAGAAAUCUUAAAGUUGAGCGAUGCAAAUCAACUUGUUUCUCAACUGAUAAUUAAAUUGCAAGAAUCAACGACGCGAGAUUCAUUCGAUUAUUCAAUUGCGGAUGCACUAACUCAUUCUUUCUUCAGUAGACUGAGUGAUACACGUCGUGUAGUUAGACAAGCUGCUCGUCAGUGUUUGCGUUCACUUGUACCUGCAACUCCAAAAGCUCGACCAAAGCAACAGUUAACUGAUACUGCAUGUAGGUGGUUAUACAUUCUCGAAUACUUUAAUCAGCUAUCUGUGUUAAACUCGGAUAACACACCUCUACCAUUGAAAGAACAAUUAACUCUUCAGUUGACUGGACCGAUUCUGACAUCAUUUCAAGUUGAAAAUGAUCUUGAUAUACUAACUGCUCAUCUGCUGUUCCUCAGUCAUUCAACUCAUUCAUCUAAUUUUACCUUUUGGCAGCCGUUAGUCACUGCACUAAGUCAGUUUAUACUAACUCGGUCGACAAUCGUUUCAAGUUUGCUGCACAGAAAUGCUUCACACUUGGGUGAUGCUUUAAAUUUACCGAAGAAAACUGCGUAUACAGCCUUAGAGGUGAUGGCAGAAAUAUUUACACGCUACGUGAAUCAUUGUUGUACAGUUACCGAAGCUAUACCGAUCAUGGAGAAAAAGAGUGUAUUUGUCUCAUGGUCCGCAGAUUGUCAGUAUCCAUUUGAUAUUGAAUUUAUUCAAGCGCAAAUUUUAUUGUUAACUCAUAUAAAUGAUGAUCUGCCUAAAACAAAUCCACUCACGGGUGAACCCAGCUGGUGGAUUCGAUUACGAGAUACAUGGUUCCUGUCUGAUUGUCGGUCAGUUGAUAGUGAUAAUAAUAUUUGUCAGUCAUAUCGUAUGCCAGAAGUAUCCCCGUGUGCAUGUUCAGAAACUAUGACCGAUAUAUGCGGUAAACAACCUGGACAGCAAAUUUGGUUCACAAAUCCCUCGUGUGAUACUGUACCACAAUUGAAAUUUUCCACAGAUUUGCGUUGCAGCUUAAUACAAACCAAUCAAAUCCCACUCGUUUUUGGAGCUUUUUUGAAUAUAACAUCGUCCGAAGUAGAUGAGUUGAUGAAACGUCUACCACUUUUUGUUUUGAACAAAAAUACAAUCAAAUUACUUUUAGAACAAAUCAGUUGUUUCCAAGAUUUUCAAGACGAAAACUUUCUCAGUAAAUUGAAGGAUAUUAUUGAUGAUGUGUGUGACAAAAAUCCUGUAAGUGUAAUGGAUGUUGAUUCGCCUGAAGAACUCUUAGUCUCAAUACCUGCUGUUAAUCGGAUCAAAUUUGAGCCUUCUUUACAUCUUAGCAAAGAAGUCACUACAACAGAGAAGCAGAUUACUGCUGCAUUACAAGAGAAAAAAGUAAAAUUCGAUUCAAAGAAAACUCUAUAUCCAGCGGAAGAGUUGAUGCAUCUUACAGCUCCAGAUACGGAUUCAUUUGGAACAUAUGGUCUAUAUGAAUUAGUGAAUAUAUUGCCAAGUAAUAUACAGAAGUUAUUGACAAAACCAAUUCUACUGGGAGAAGACAUACAGUAUGACCUUAUUCUUUGUACAGUGCACCGCUUACUCUUUGAACGUAAUCAGUUCUACGAAAGUAACAUACAAGAAUUCAAUUUGGGCGGGAAUCAUAAUUACUUUUUAACUGAAUUAUUAAAUCAAGCUAAUCCAGCCUUUUUAUGUAAAUCAGUCUCUAUACUGUUACAGUAUAAUGAAACGGAACAAAUACAAACAAGUAAGGCUCUUGAUUUCAUGACAGCAUUGUUUACUUUACCGCGUCUACUUUACCCUGUGCCACGUGCUGAACCCCGUGAUCGUCCAGAUGCUUCUGUUGCUCUAGCCUCAGUACAUCGUUUCUCAUUACUUCAAGCAUGUAAGCUUAUUGAAUUUGUCAUCAUAGAAGCGUAUGAAUUGAUCAAACAAACUAAUAGUGAACGUACUCUGAACUGGGAUGUACUGAACAAGUUAUAUUCAAAGCGUAUCCCAUUACUUGAUAUGGUUAUCAUACAAUGGCCUAAAUCUUGUAUAGUCUUACUAGAGAUUAUAAGCGGAUUGGUCGAUAUUAACAAUAUAGAUCCUGAUGAUCAGUUUACGUGUGAUGGCAGUUUGCCCGUUUCAUGGAUAAAGAAAAAUCACAUUAUUAAACGCAUAAAAUCUGAUGAAUUAUGGUCUACUCUUGCAUUUCGAUUAAUUUUAUGCCUAUAUUUUCGUCGACCUGGUAUAGCAAAUUUAUUUACUUCAAGUUUAACACAACAACUGGUUUGUCAUCCAUGUCCGUCUAAUAGUAAAUCUUCCAGUUUACACUCUUUAAUGGAAAAGUUUGGCCUUUUAAAUCAACACAGUUCAAAUAUUACACAACCAGAAAUUGAUCGUAUUGGUCCAAUUAUACUAGUCACUUUAACCUCAUCCAAUUUAUCGAUUAUGGAUACUGCUCAGUUAGCUUGUAAAGCUUUAAUUACUCAUCAUACAAGGGCUUGUCUACGUAUGUUGCCAAUUAUAUGUGGUUUAAGUGAAGGACGACUUGGUAUGACAUGGACACAAUUUAUGAAGAAACAUUAUCAUUUAUUAUUUUCUAAUUUGUUACAUAUCCUGGAAAUAUUAUCGAGUAUAUCCAUUGACUGUUCAUCAGAAACACUGCUUGAUGUUUGUGCAAGUAAUGGUUGUUUGUCAUCUGUCGAAAACAGUGCCUUGUUCAGUAGAGAAGUACUACCAUACAGCAAAUAUGUGGAACGUCUUCUGGCAAACUUAGUUGCAGUUUUAGCUUGUUUUCAUGGCCAUACUCGUCAUCUUGGUGGGUUCCCUAAACGCUUGGCCAGAUUGCUUCAGUUUCAUGCUCAAUUUGCCCCAUGGAAUAUGAAUUUUGAUGAAACUGUCAGCUUUUUAAAAGAAGAUCAAAAUAUCAAUGAUAAUCUCGAUGUACUUGCUGAACAAUUUGAAGAAUUUGUUCCUAUACCUUCAAUGCUAUCGCAAAUCAACCAAUCUUAUGGAGAUAAAUAUCGUUAUUCAUCUUCUCUUCUUUCAGUUAUUUCAAAAUGUCGUGGACAGAUUAGCAAACAAUGGAAUUUGGCUGUAAUGCAACCAUUCAUUUAUCAUCUUCGAACUUGUGUUCAUCCUCAGAUGCUUAGUAAUUUGUUGAUUGAAUUGGAAAUCGCUUCAAAACGGAGAUCUUCUCUUUUAUUAUAUUUCAAAAGUGAAUUGGAAUCACUUAUUGGACAUUCCUGUGAAACAGUUGCCAGUCUUGCUGUACGACUUCUAUUGAGAUUACUAAAUUACUAUCCACAUUUGGCUCGUACGCUGGUCACAAAUUCAAUUAUACCGUAUCUCUGUACAAAAUCACAUAAACUCAAUAGAUUCACCUUGCCUUUAUUAUCCAUGUUACCGGAUAUUGUUAUGCUUGCGCCUUAUUCAGCACCUACACUGAUGAGACUAUGUGCAGAACAUAUAUUAUUUGGAAUUCCAGAUGAGACCACUUACCCAGCCAUCGAUUACUUUGAAGUUAGCAUUCGUCGACUUACGCUGGAUGGCUUUGAUGGUGCAUGCAUAGAACAUGCAAGUUCUGCACUGACAACAUCCGCUAUGGUUAGAACAUCAUUACAAUGA